AUGACUGUGCCUGGGGAAACCAGUCCCAGCAGACCAGGCCAUCCAGAGUCUGUUAUCAUCACGGUGCUAGUCUUGCCUCCACCAAUGGGAAGAACAGAGCCAUGGGAGUAUUGGAUCUGCUUGCACCCACUGGAAGAGAACCUUGGACCUGUAGCCAACAGAAGAGAGGUGUGGAGAUUGGAGUCGUUUGGUGAGCUGGUGGGACACGGGGCAUCAAGGCUCAGUUCCAGGCCUGGGUGGGAGGAUUUGGGGCAGGAGAGCCAGGAGGGAUUCCGUGGGCGCGACCCGAGGCCUGAGGGGUCUGAGAGGGCGGGGUCUGAGGAAGCGAGCUGGGCUGACCCUGCUCCUGAGAGGGUCUGUAGUCCCAGAGCCAGCAGUCGCUCAGCCCCCAGGCUUCCAUGGCGGUCAGAGCGGGUCGGUUGUUUUGCCAAGCUCACCAACACCUACUGCCUGGUGGCUAUCGGAGGAUCAGAGAACUUCUACAGUGUGUUCGAGGGCGAGCUCUCUGAAACCAUCCCCGUGGUGCAUGCAUCCAUCGCCGGCUGCCGAAUCAUCGGGCGCAUGUGUGUAGGGAACAGGCAUGGGCUACUGGUACCCAACAACACCACAGACCAGGAACUGCAGCAUAUCCGCAACAGCCUUCCAGAUUCAGUGCAGAUACAGCGGGUGGAAGAGCGGCUCUCAGCCCUUGGCAAUGUUACCACCUGCAAUGACUAUGUGGCCUUGGUCCACCCAGACUUGGACAGGGAAACAGAAGAAAUCCUGGCUGAUGUGCUCAAGGUGGAGGUCUUCAGACAGACAGUUGCUGACCAGUUGUUAGUAGGGAGCUACUGUGUCUUCAGUAAUCAAGGAGGUCUGGUGCACACCAAGACUUCAACCGAAGACCAGGACGAGCUGUCCUCCCUUCUUCAGGUUCCCCUUGUGGCAGGCACUGUGAACCAGGGGAGCGAGGUGAUUGCUGCUGGGAUGGUGGUGAACGAUUGGUGUGCUUUCUGCGGUCUGGACACAACCAGCACGGAACUGUCAGUGGUGGAGAACGCCUUCAAGCUGAAAGAGGCCAAGCCUAGUACUAUUGCCACCAGCAUGCGGGAUUCCCUCAUUGACAGCCUCACAUGAGUCACCUUCCGUGCUGCUGUGUGGGCCCCUGCCUCUGGACUUUGGCUCAUUUUCCAUGCCUGAGCUAGUAUGUACCAAACGCUGGCAGCAGGGCAUGGCAGAGAGCUUACCAGGGCUGAAUGGUGAGCGCCCAACCCUUCUUCGCCUGUGCCGCCGUGACUAUUCUAGAAAGGCUUGCCGUGUCAUGCUGGCUUUCAGUUCCUGUGACUCCUGAUGAGAACUCUGUCCCACCCCAUUAAAUACCUGCCUCCCACCUUAAAAAAAAAGAGAA